AUGCAGCGGCUCUGUCUUCUCUUCUGUCUCCUGGUGCUGGGACGUAUACUGGAUGUGAAUGGCCACAACUACGCCCUCGACUGCUGCCUGAAGACAAGAGAUACGCCCAUCCCGUGGCGGAGAGUGCAGGAUUACCGGCUCCAGCAGGUGCAGGAUGGCUGCGACUUCCCGGCUGUCGUGUUCGUCACCGUGAAGGGCAGGCGCAUCUGUGCCCCUGUCGUAAGCCCAUGGGUGAGUCGCCUCCAAGAGAAGGUGGAUGCCAGAAAGGCCAAACUCCAGCGCAAGUAG